AAUAAAUAAAUAAAAAUAGGCGAAGCUCUCUUUUUGGUGUUUUAACUGAGAAUUGCAGAGAAACUAGAUUGACUCUCUCUUAUUUAUUUUCUCUCUCGAAAAAUCCCCAAAAUCUAGGGUUUUUGUUUUUGUUCUUCUUUGUUAAACGAGAAUAAGAAAUUGACUAUCAUUUGAGUGUAUUGGGAGGAAUGCAGUCGAAUUCUGAAGAAGGAAGUCAAUUAGAACCUGAUGUGCAUGGUGUUCAUCCAACUGCAGUUUAUUCUGAACCCAAGUGGUGUAAUACCGGUUAUGGUGCCAUCUCCUCGGGAGCGAGAGGAGUGAACUCACUAAAUUCAUCUUCGAUGGAAUGCACUAAUGCUUCAGAGUCGAAUGAUGGGCAGUCACUGUCCAAUGGUGCACUAAAUGAAGAGGAUGAUGUUAAUAAAGAAACACAAACUACUGCAUCCUCUCGGGCAGUUGGAACUGGUGGACAAGAACAUCACAAUUUGCAACAUGUUGGAUCUAGCAUGCCUGCCGUGCGUGAUGAAGGCCUCACCCAACCUCCCCUGCUUGAGCUUGUUGGUCAUUCAAUCGCAUGUGCAUCAAAUCCUUAUAUAGAUCCACUUUAUGGAGGAAUGAUGGCAGCUUAUGGACAUCAGCCUAUGGGUUAUCCUCCGUUUGUUGGAAUGCCUCAUGCAAGAAUGACUUUGCCGAUUGAAAUGGCACAAGAGCCUGUUUAUGUAAAUGCCAAACAGUACCAAGGAAUUCUGAGGCGAAGGCAGGCCCGUGCCAAAGCAGAACUUGAGAAGAAGGUUGUUAAAUCCCGAAAGCCUUAUCUUCACGAAUCAAGGCACCAGCAUGCUUUGCGUAGGGCGAGAGGUAGUGGAGGACGUUUUGCAAAGAAAACAGAUACCAAUCCAGGAGAAGAAAAAGGAUCAGGUUCAGGUCCCACGUUAUCAUCCCAAUCUCCAAGUUCCUCCGGUUCUGAACCAUUACAAACUGAUUCCAAUGAAACCUGGACCUCCUCCCUCACCCAGCAUGCCAUCCACCAUGUCAACGGCGGCAGCCAUUAUCAGAAGCUAGGUGGUAAUAUCUCCAAUCAGGCCGCUUUCUAUCCGGUGAAUGGAGGACAAUCCUUUCAAAAGCUGAAGGGUUGAACUCCAGAGACGGUUACAGUCAGGGCAAUGCAUUAGCGAGGCGGCAAAUCAUUCUUGGCUUCGGUUAGAUGGAAGGGGAGAAGAGAUUGUAUGAGACCCGGACAUCGUUUUCGUCUUGUCCAUGCUUCUAUAAUUUUUCCCAAAGCUGCAUUUUUGUAAAUAUACCGUUGAAUAGAACUGAAAAAGUAAGUAGCUAAAUUAGUAGAGCUUGUGAGAAAUAUUUGAUAACUAGAAGAUUGCACCCAGGGCUUUCAUUGUCGUUUUAAGUUAAAAAACAAAACAUGUUUUUGUAGUUUGGAUUAGCAGUUUUUUUUAUAAUGGUGCACCUUUUUAAACGUUAAA